AACUACCCACUCUUGUAUCCACUCUUACUCCGCACUUCAAUGAGUACAUGACGAAACAUCAUUUAAACCUUUGUUUUCUUCCUUACUGUCACCACUAAUAUCAUCAUUUUGUUUAAUGCCGCGAUGUCUUCCAGCGAUUCCUAUGCCUCCGGGGCUUCCGGGGCUUCCGUACGGAGCUAUAUUAUGGUUGAGCUCCUUCCUGAAGACCUCGCCGUCGCUUGCACUGCCGAUUGUACGCCGGAGCGGUACGAUAACAGUACAGUCCGGCCCCACGAACCCCCGGCCGUUGAACGCGGGCGGCCGGGCACCUUCAGACCCUUUGACGUACCGGCCCGGGGCCGAGGGAUACGGGACCUACCGGCAGCCCCGCUUGACCUAUUUCUCCAGUAUGUCCCCCGGGACCUUGUUGAGCAGUGGGCGCAAUGGACGAAUACGGCGCCGUUAUUUAAGGAAGGCCCCCUGUUACGCCCGCCGCAACUUGUCACUGUGGGCGCGUAGCUAUAUAAUGCAGAACAAGGGAAAAUGAUGCGGAGUCAUCAUUAUCGAAGCUUUUGCUUUGUGCCACAGUUGGUUGCCUUGUCCUGCUCGUAACACUGGAAUUUACUUGAAAGGUAUUACGUAUUACGAUUACGCAUUCACUUACGUAUAUGCUUAUUAAUUAUGAUAUAAUUAAUAAGCAAUGGAAUAUUCUAGUCGGAGGAUCUUAUGCCUAUAUAAGAGCAUCUUUUUACCUACUUAGACCUUUCGUUAAGUAAGCAACUUCUCAUAUAGUAAUCUAACUAUAUACUCU